CUCAGCUUUGCAACCUGGCUUUGACUCUGACACCACGCCAGCCAUGGCAUCUCAGAUGGCCAAGAAGAUGAUGGAAAGAAGGGAAAAGUUGGCCUUCGGAUCCCUCGAUGCCGUCUCCAAGCCGAUGCCCAACGCCGCGAACUACGCGGCGGACGUUUCAAACACGGCCACAAAAAGACCCAAGUGUGACACCAAAACCAAUGCAGGCAAUGCGGGCAAUGCAGGCAAUGAAGACAGUGCAGAAUCCAUAGACAAUCAGAGCUUGGUGCUCAGCCCAGUUGGACCAGUUCCAAAGAUCUUGGGGCCUCACAAUAAACAGGAUAUACAAAAGUUUGACAUCUACACCCCUCGCAUCGAAGGGAUAGAAAUCUCUACUCCACGUGAAGACGGGGAGAUGCCAAGGCGAAGGACUUGCCCUCGCACCGGAAGGACAAGUCAGGCCCGUGGAGCACAAUGCGUGCGCCGAGCUGCAAUGCGUUGUGACAGCAUUUUUGAUGGGAUGAUGAUUCUGUCAUCGAAUGGCAUUUUCAAGCCACAAUUCCUGUUCCCACGUGUCUCUUUCCUCUCUUACUUGCCGAAAUAAUGUUCGGCCGAGCCCAUCCGUUUUGCAGCUUGAGAUCCAAU